AUGUCCAACGGCGCGCUUACUCCCGAGGCCACCUUUGCCUCAAACAACUCGCCCGCAGCUCCUGACGGCUCAAGCAUCUUCUCCCUCUUUUCUCUCAAGGGCAAGACGGCAAUUGUCACCGGCGCAGCUGCAGGAAUUGGCCUAGCAACUGCACAGGCAUUCGCCGAAGCCGGCGCAAACGUCGCUCUGACGUACAGGUCCAAUAAGAAGGCCCCCAAGUCGGCUGCCCAGAUCGAGAAGGACUUUGGCGUCAAGUGCAAAGCAUACCAGUUGGACGUUGACAAUGAAGACCAAGUUGCCCGAGUCGUUGACCAGAUAGUUGCCGAGUUCAAUGGCCGCUUGGACAUCUUUGUAGCCAAUGCCGGAAUCCCCUGGACCCAAGGGCCUGCUCUUGAGGGCCAAACCUCUCAUUAUCGAGACGUUGUCAAGACUGACUUGGACGGAACAUACUAUUCAGCGCUGGCGGCGGGAAAGCACUUCAAACGGCAACAUCUCGAGGGUACUGAUCUGAACGACAAAAAGCUGGGCCCUGAUUACAACGGGGGCUCCUUCAUUGCAACCGCCAGCAUCAGCGGGCGAAUCGUCAACAUCCCCCAGAUGCAGGCGGCUUACAACGCGGCCAAGGCUGGUGUUGCACACCUGUGCAAGUCUCUGUCGAUUGAGUGGGUCAAGUUUGCGCGGGUGAACUCGGUCUCGCCCGGAUACAUCGCCACCGAGAUCUCUAACUUCAUUCCUGAGGAGACAAAGGUCAUCUGGCGGUCAAAGAUUCCGAUGGGACGUGAGGCCACGGCGAAUGAAUUGAAGGGUGCAUACCUGUACCUGGCGAGUAAUGCCGCGACAUACACGACGGGCCAUGAUCUUGUAGUUGAUGGAGGUUACACCGUGUAUUAG